UAUCAGUCAAUCAAAAGUUACUCACUUUCAUCUUCUCCUUCUCUCGCAAGCUUCUCCUUCCUUCAUAAUUGCUUGCACUGUCUGUAAUCACCGACCACUGCGCGAUCAUGGCGUCCGAUUCCUCUGCCCUCGCUCUCUUCCUCUUCUCCAUUUUCGCUUCUCUUCACUUGUUCGCCGGCGCCGUCGUCGUGAUUGAAGACGGAUACACGGUGAAGACGGUGAUCGACGGCCACAAGCUCAAGAUAAACCCUCACUCGGUGAUGCUUCGUCCUGGAUCGUCUGAUUUGGUCGUCCUUGAUUCUUCCGGUAGUGCCUUCUACACUGUACGGCUUCCCACUUCGAAAGAUAGUGUCGUUAAACGGUUUUCUGGAAGUGGAACCGUCGCGGGAUAUUCUGAUGGUGAACCGGAAACGGCCCGGUUCAAAAAUCCCGAGAGCUUUGCGAUAGAUUUGAAAGGGAAUAUUUAUGUCGCCGAUCAGAAGAACAAUGUGAUUAGGAAGAUCACUGAUACAGGCGUUAGUACAAUUGCUGGUGUGAACAAGAAGAUAGGCAAGGAUGAUGGGCCAGGACAGAACGCAACGUUUUCGAAUGAUUUCGAGCUGGUUUUCGUUGCGGAGAAAUGCGCGUUGCUGGUCUCAGAUCACGGGACUAUGUUGGUGCGGCAGAUUGAUCUCAAGGCUGAGGAUUGUGUUGGGGGCUCUGGUUCCGGUCAUGGAUUGGGAUCAGUUUCAGUUUGGAGUGUGGUAGUAGCAGUGGUAGUGGCAUGCAUAGUUGGGAUUGUUGUUGGGUUAGCAGUAAGGCCUUACAUCCUCUCUCGUGAAGGCACCAGGAUGCAGUGCUUCAGCGAGACAUGGAAGCUUUGCCUAAUCAAUCUGGGGAAGCAAGUUCAGAUACCCUGCUUCGUCAUCAGAAGCGCAGUUGCUAACUCCGUUUUGGUUUUCUCCUUGUUGGAGAGGCUCCUUUGGCUGGGCCUUUCUCAUCUAUCCCUUUUAUUUAGUACUAAUUAUCUCGCACCCCAAGUUUCUCCAAAGGACCGAGCAAUGCUCGACAGUGAUAAAGUUGAUAGUAGUAGUUGUAGCGGUCUUGGUAGUGGUAGUGGUAGUGAGAUGAUGAACUCCCAGAAGUACGCUGAUCAACUGAAGGACUUAAUAAAUUUUGAUGGUAGUUUGGAGUUAACAAAUUCUGCGAGUACCCAAAUGAUCGACCAAGGAGGAGAAUAUCAGGAGGGACGUGAUGUUGUUUUGUCGGACUGCCAUGGGAAUGGGAGGAUAGACACUAUGAUAAAAACUAAUAUUAACUGUUUUGCAGAGGUGGCUAAAGAAACUGCUCUAAUAGAGGGAACUUUGUUGGGCAGCUCAGGUUUAGUCAAAAGAAGAUGAAAGAAAUGAGACUUUAAAAGCUCUGCUUCAUGUUGUAAUGACUUUUAUAUAUUUAGUUUGAAGUUUGUAAAUCUAUGAACCUCUUUUUUAUCAAA